GAGCUCUCCGUCCGGCGGCGGCGGCCGGCCUCCCGCGCGGCCGCGAUGCUGAGUUCUCGGGUUCAGGCGGCGAAGACGGCGGCCGACAAGGCCAUCCUGCGUUUCCUGCGGACCGGGGCGGCCUUCAGAUCUAAAGUCAUGAGGAACUGGGGAGUAAUCGGUGGAAUUGCUGCUGCCCUUGCAGCAGGAAUCUAUGUUAUUUGGGGUCCCAUUACGGAAAGGAAGAAGCGAAGAAAAGGGCUUGUGCCUGGCCUUGUCAACUUGGGAAACACCUGCUUCAUGAACUCCCUGCUGCAGGGCCUGUCCGCCUGCCCUGCGUUCAUCAAGUGGCUGGAAGAGUUCACCACCCAGUACACCAGGGACCAGCAGGAGCCUCCCCCACACCAGUACUUGUCCUUGACACUGUUGAACCUCCUGAAAGCUUUGUCCUGCCAAGAAGUCACUGAGGAUGAGGUCUUAGAUGCAAGCUGCUUGCUGGAUGUCUUAAGAAUGUACAGAUGGCAGAUUUCUUCCUUUGAAGAACAGGAUGCCCAUGAGUUAUUCCAUGUCAUUACCUCGUCACUGGAAGACGAACGAGACCGUCAGCCACGGGUCACACAUUUGUUCGAUGUGCAUUCCCUAGAGCAGCAGUCAGAAAUACCUCCCAGGCAAAUAACCUGCCACACGAGAGGGUCUCCCCCCCCCACGUCCAGCCACUGGAAGUCCCAGCACCCUUUUCACGGAAGACUUACUAGCAAUAUGGUCUGCAAACACUGUGAACACCAGAGCCCUGUUCGAUUCGAUACCUUUGACAGCCUUUCCCUCAGUAUUCCAGCUGCCACGUGGGGUCACCCACUGACCCUGGACCACUGCCUUCACCACUUCAUCUCAUCCGAGUCAGUGCGGGACGUUGUGUGUGACAACUGUACAAAGAUUGAAGCCAAAGGAACGCUGAACGGAGGAAAGGUGGAACACCAGAGGACCACUUUUGUCAAGCAGUUAAAGCUAGGGAAGCUCCCCCAGUGCCUCUGCAUCCACCUUCAGCGGCUGAGCUGGUCUAGCCACGGCACCCCUCUGAAGAGGCACGAGCAUGUUCAGUUCAGCGAGUUCCUGAUGAUGGACAUCUACAAGUACCGCCUCCUGGGACCCAGACCCCGUCAGCACGGCCCCACGCCGGGCGAGAGCCCAGGGCCUGUGCUGGAGCUACAGGACAUGCCAGCGGCCCCAAAGCCAGUUCUUAACCAGCCAGGAACCCCCAAAACACAGAUUUUUAUGAAUGGCGCCUGUUCCCCGUCUUUGUUGCCAGCGCUGCCACCCAUGAUGCCCUUCCCUCUCCCGGCUGUUCCUGACUACAGCUCCUCCACAUACCUCUUUCGCCUGAUGGCAGUUGUCGUCCACCACGGAGACAUGCACUCUGGACACUUCGUUACUUACCGAAGGUCCCCACCUUCAGCCAAGAGCCCUCUCUCAACCAGCAACCAGUGGCUGUGGGUUUCUGACGACACCGUCCGCAAGGCCAGCCUGCAGGAGGUCCUGUCCUCCAGUGCCUACCUGCUGUUCUAUGAGCGCGUUCUGUCCCGGAUGCAGCAGCAGGGUCAGGAGUACAGGUCUGAGGAGUGAUGACCUUCUCCGUAGCUAGGGCCAUGGCACGGUCCACACUCCUGCCUCGGGUAUGCGCGCAAGGCAGCCCCUCGAGAGUCCCUCAGCCUCCAUGUGGUCAAAGAACAGGUGCCUCAUGGGAGCCAGGCCCAUGGGACUGCCAGGGUGCACCUGGAAGGGGUCCUCAUGUUAGGAUGGCAUUCAUUGUGUCUAGAGUGUUUGACUCAUCCAUCCGACACAGGUAAUUAAACCCGAUUCCAGAGCCACCUUUUCUAUAUUGUAACAUGCUAGGUGUUCUCAAAGGAGAAUUGCCUUUGUCUAAUCCUCUGACAUUUCAGCACAGAUCAUUUAUUUUAAUAAGCAGACCCAUAAAAACUAUUGACAAGAAUUAGUGAAAUUAUUAAAGGCAAUGAUUUAGAGGGAAAAGUGCCUUUUACUUUCAGUUGCUUUUGUAGCAAGCCCACUCAGACAUGGACCCUGUAAGAAUCACAUACACACUUUUUGAAAACCCCUCAUCCAAGUUACUCAGAGAUCAAAAGAGUAGUUAAAAGACUCCUGAGCCAGGUGUGGUGGCGCAUGCCUGCAAUGCCAGCACUGGGAGGCUGAGGCAGGAAGAUCACUGCGAGUUCCAGGCCACCCUGGGCUAGGUAGCAUGAGCCUGUCUCAAAAAAAAAACCUCUUCAAUGAUAGCUCCCUGCCUUUUUGUAUGCCUUUUGUAAUCUUCCGAUGGUUUAUAUGUAGCCAAGGCUCACCUGCCGAAUCGCUCCCGCAGCCUCUCAGUAGCUGUCAGUCACCUUUGCAAAGUGCGCUGCUUCUGUGUCGCUCUUCCCUCUGGAGUCCCUGAACGGAGGUGACAUGAGCAUCGGCGACAUCUGUGACUGUUACACAGGUCCAUUCUCUUCUUGCUCAGUCAUUGUCUGUGCAGAACCCGUUAGGUUCACAGGCAGAGCUUGUGCUGAGUGAAGAAGACAAUCGAUGCUUGAUUUGAGACUGGGUCAGGGAGGGCGGGCUCUGGCCUGGGGCCGCGGUCUCUCCACCUCGCUUUCUUCCUGUAAAGGGAAGGGUCAAUAGAGUUCUGGACCAACAACAUGCAGGAAGAAAGCAGCUCCUGGUGUUUUGCUGCAGCUGGCUUUUAAUGUCAUUUUACCCAGGUCCAUACUCAAUGUGCAUUUGUUUCCCAUGGUCUAAGGCAGAGAGUAGAUUGUACGUUUUUAAAAAAUAGUUUAUGGCCAGAAGUGGUGGUACACGCCUUUAAUCCCAGCACUGGGGAGGCAGAGGUAGGAGGAUUGCCAUGAAUUCAAGGCCACCCUGAGCCUCCAUAGUGCAUUCCAG